GCAGCCCCGCCGAGCCCCAAACGCAGGUGUGUGGCUGCGCCACGUUGGCUCCGCCGCGCCGGGGAUGCGCCCCUCUUUGAGCGGGAGAGCUUUUGCCGCCAGUCCCGGAGCGAGAAGGGGCGACGCCGGGAAGGGCCGGAGCAGACUGGAUGUCUUCUGACUUCCCUCAAAUAUGGAGCUUGAAAGGAUGAACCCUGAGGGGGGCACUGAAGCAGCAGAGGAAGAAAAGAGAGAUGAGGAGCGACGUGCUUGUAUCAGUUGGGACAGCUUCCAUGAAACUGUUUCUAAAUGGAUGCUUCCAGAAAAUACCAGAGCGACCUACCUUGAAAGAGCCAACUGCAUCCCACCCCCCAUUUUCAUCCUUGCGAUCAGUGUUGCUGAGCUGACUACCUUCAUUUAUUACGCGGUUUCGAAGCCCCAGGAACAGUGGAUCACUCUAGAUUCCAGCAUCUGGGAGAGUCCUUUUACAUACAGGCCUGAUAGGAGAGAAGAAGCAUGGAGAUUCUUGUCUUACAUGCUUGUGCACGCUGGCAUUGCACAUAUCUUAGGAAAUCUGUUCCUUCAGCUUCUUUUGGGAAUCCCCCUUGAACUGGUUCACAAAGGACUUAGAGUUGGGCUGGUGUACGUAGCAGGAGUGAUUGCAGGUUCCUUGGCAAGCUCAGUGUGUGAUCCGCUCCAUGGCUUAGUAGGAGCAUCUGGAGGAGUUUAUGCUCUUAUUGGAGGAUAUUUCAUGAAUGUUCUAGUGAACUUCCGGGAAAUGAUCCCACUGUUUGGAAUUGCCAGGUUACUCUUCAUCUUCCUAAUAGUUGGGACAGACAUGGGAUUUGCUGUGUACAGAAGAUUUUCUUCUCCCACAAAUGAACCUUUAGUUUCCUUUGUGGCUCACAUUGCAGGCGGCCUUGCUGGCAUGUCCGUAGGUUAUGUCAUAUUCAGUUCUUUUGAUCAGAAUUUUUUUAAAGAUCCAAGAUUCUGGGUAUGCAUCGUUGGUUACUUGGUUUUUCUGGGGUUUGCAGUAUUUUUCAACGUGUUUUUCUCACCCGCAAACAAGUAGACUUCAUCACCUAACAGAACAAUACACAGACAGUCUGAUGAUAAUACAGUAUUUUAAAAUGUAUUGCAUAUUUGUAAUUUGAUGUUUUAGUUUUUAAAUAUUAUUUUUUAACCGAUGGCAUUUCUCAGAAACAUACCUUUUGUACUUUUUCCAUAUUAAACAGCAACGAUUUCUCA